CACAGAAACUGCUGUGUUUAUGUGCCUUUUGUGUCCUUUGAUUUGUUUGCUGAACAUGAUUUGCUGAAAUGUAUUGUUCUGGACUCGGUUUCCUUGCUCACUCUACAAAUUUUUUGCUUUGCGAUGCUGCUGGUGGUGUCCUUCCUUGCGUUACAUCAAUAGCAUAUAAAUCAUGAUUUUUGAAGUUUUCGCAGCUUUGUUUGUGGCUGCAAUCAUCUACAUACUGGUUGAUUACGGCCUCCAGCUUGCAGAACUCGUAAAUUAUCCUCCAGGGCCAUUGCCCUUGCCAGUAAUUGGAAACUUACACCUACUAGGAAGGAAACCUCAUGAAUCACUGAAAAAGUUAUCUACCACAUAUGGAGAUGUUAUGAGCUUAAGUAUAGGGAGACAGCGCAUCGUUGUUAUCAAUGACAUUGAAGCAGCAAAGGAAGCUCUCCUUCGCAACGGCGAAGAUCUAUCUGGCAGACCACAAGAUAUUUAUCCUGCAUAUAUACUCACAAAAGGCUACAAGGACAUUGGUUUUGCUGACAAUGGACCUGCUAUGAAGCUAAUGCGGAAAAUGGCCCAUGCCUCUCUAAAAAUGUAUGGUGCAGGUUUAGAAGAUUUGGAGAAAAGCAUUGUUGUGGAGGUGACAGAGCUUUAUAAGCGAUAUGAUGAAAAGUUAGGAGUCCCAUUAGACCCACAUCCAGAUAUUGCAUUGGCAGUUCUCAAUAUAAUUUGUUCCAUCAUUUUUGGCUGCCGUUACAAAUUUGAAGAUAAAGAGUUCUCAGAUAUUGUUGAGCAAAACAGACUAUCAGUUCAAGGGAUGGACAACGCAAGUGCCCUUUCAUUCAUGCCAUGGCUAAGAUUUUUUCCAAAUGAAGGUUUAUCUAAAUUGAAGCGAGGGGUAGCUAUGAGAGACAAGAUUUUAUCACAGAAGCUUAAAGAGCACAGGGAGUCAUUCGACGCAAGCAAUUUACGAGACUUCACAGAUGCCCUUUUAAAUGAAUUCUAUAAUGAAGCAAAGGCUGAUUCUAAAGUGAAGCAAUUGCUAACGGAUGCAAACCUCGAGAUGAUCUUGGCUGAUUUAUUCAUUGCCGGCGCAGAAACAACCACUACAACCAUAUACUGGUGUCUUGCAUUUCUAGCCUGGUGGCCUGAAGUUCAAUUAAAAAUUAAGAAUGAGCGUGCUAGGGUCAUUGGAAACAAAAGACCCUGUCUUGCUGAUCGUGGCAAACUACCGUUUUUUGAGGCAACCAUUCUUGAAACGCUUAGAUUUUCCUCACUUGUUCCUUUGGGCGUUCCUCAUAAAACUACACGAAACACACAAUUUGGAGGACAUUCAGUUCCAAAAGGAACGCAAGUAUGGUUGAAUCAAUGGGCAUUUCAUUUUGAUCACCGUCACUGGAAAGAGCCUGAAUCCUUCAAGCCUGAACGUUGGCUUGAGGAGGACGGCAGUCUGGUUCCCGGAAACAGGCACAGCUACAUGCCUUUUGGUGCAGGUAGAAGAGUUUGCUUGGGUGAAGCGCUAGCAAAAGUGGAACUCUUUUUGUUCCUCUCAAAUAUCCUUUUCAGGUAUAACGUAAAGCAGGCAGAUUGUGGACCGCCAAGUUUAGAAGGUGUUCUAUCGAUCACAUAUAGCCCAAAACCUUAUCAAAUUAUUCUCGAAAAACUAAACUGAAUGUGAUUUCUAAAGAACAAUGACGACAACCAGCAGUAUAGGGACAAUAACAAUAACAAGGCUCGACUGAAAGGUUUAAUUCAAAGUCCCGAGAUAAUGGUCUUUUUUUAAUCAUACGGGCACUCACAAAGUGAAAUUAUUAGUUUUAAUUUCAUUGCAAAACAUUGCUUUAACCUUCAAUAUAACUGCUUGUUUAAUUAACUAAAUAAAUGAUUUAAUUCUAUUCUUGUUUUGAUUGCAUAUGCUUGAGAAAUAACUUAUCAUUUGCAGACACGGUUGUAAAAUCUUGUCGUCUUUGUGCUAAUCAUUUCAUGUUCCCAAACUUUAACAGUAGGGUUAAGUAUAUUGCACGAUCCUAAAGUGAAAUUGCUCACUGUAUAAUCUUGUCAUGUCCAGUUAAUACUUGCAUUAUUCUUAAGUAUAACCGCUAGAUUAAGUACAUGAUUGUAUAAUCUCGUCAUGUCCGUUUUUAAACUUGUACGAUUCUUAAGUAUAUCCGCUAGAUUAAGUACAUGAUUGUAUAAUCUCGUCAUGUCCGUUUUUAAACUUGUACGAUUCUUAGGUAUAACCGUUGGAUUAAGUACAUGGUUGUAUAAUCUCGUCAUGUCCGUUUUUAAACUUGUACGAUUCUUAGGUAUAACCGUUGGAUUUAGUAUAUGAUUGUAUAAUCUUGUCAUUUCCAGUUAAUACUUGCACAAUUCUGAAGUAUCACAGUAGAGUUUAGUACAUGUCAUACAAAUAAUCUUGUCA